AUGAACCGAUUUCGAACCAAGAAGCGAACCAAGGACGACAUCUCCGCCCCUCGCCCUUCCGUGGACAGUGACAAUGCUAGCCCCUUCAAGCUGUUUGGGAAAAAGAAGCUGCCCGAGAAUGACUUCAAGCAACAGUUGGAUAUUGAUGCCGCGCUCCCUCCUAGUGACGAUUUUCGGACCAGUCUACUCAUGACGGGUCUUUCGGCCCGAUUUUCCAUGCUACGAGAGCAGGACGACCCUAAUUCAAAGCUUGGUAAAGCCAGCGAUGAUAGUGUGCUCUUCCCCAAGCGCCAGUCAAGGCUGAUGGACUUUGGCUAUGCCUCUGGCUUACAGGACAUCGCCGAAAUCGAAUCUCUCCAGGCUGCGUCUUUCACUCGUCUCAACUCAUCACACGGAUCCGAAGGUUAUGAUGCUGGCAGUAUCAUGGACCGAGCUCGACCAAACGAUGGAAAUAACUUGUUUGGUGGACGCCAAAAAAUCUACCGUAUUGGCGCGGGCACUAAAACCGGAAACAAUGGCAUGGGCAGCCGCAUUUUGUAUGAUGAAGACGUAGCCAAGACGGCAUUCCAGAAGUGGAGGCAGUCGGAGAAAGAAAGAGCCUCCUUUGAGGAUAGGAUCGAUGACACACUCGAUUUUGAUUCUGCCUUCGACUACAACAAGAAGCGCGCCACAAACUCAACAACAUCGUCUGCCGGGCGAUACUCCACCGCAGCCACCUCAAUCGCGUCCCAGGUGCCUUCGUCCAAAGAGGGUCAAACAGCAAUCCCGACAUCGGCCAGCACCGUAGAGCGGAGCUUCACACGCACCAGGCGCCUAUAUGAGCAAGGCUUGACGCAAGAUCUACAGAACCAACAGUCCUCUGCUCUAUCCCGCAUAGACACGCUGUCCAAGUCUCACCGCAACAAGGCCUCUCCGGAUGGCCUGUCUGGCCCGUCUCCAACAGGCUCGACCUUUAGUGAUCGCAUGAUGGAGAGACGCACUCUCCUUAGCAAGGCCAGUGCGCCCAACCUGCGGUCCUUUACACCACCUGCUUCAGGUGCUUCUCCGCAGACUCCGUCCGAGCCUGUUCCCAGGUUCACAACAGAGCACAAGACCAAUUUCGGUGUCAAUCCGCCCUUGAGCCCUCCUAUCAGUGAAGCAGAUGACCACCACUCAAUGCUACCCAUUCAGCCCAAUGACAGGGGGAAAGCAACCGCCAUGGGCGUGUUCAAGAGACCAGUUCAACAAUAUGACGACUCCAAAUUCGCCCAACGCCAGCAGCAAAUGCGCAAAGGCCGUGAUGCCUCUGAUAGCCACAGCCAGGCUGGUGCACGAUCUUCUCAUGAUGCCAGUCGUUCCAGAUCAUCUUCGACGCAUCGCAGUCUCCGCGAGCGUAUUGACGCUACCCAAAGCAAGGUUGAUCGUGUACCCAAGAAGGAUUACAACUCAACUUCCUUCUUCGAAGACACGGAUGAUGCUUCUGGGCCCAUCAGCUACUCCAAUUUCGCUUCGUCCUUGAGCGUGCAGCUCACUGUAGAACGCCCAAAUGACGAGGACCAUCCUGCCUUUCGCAAAUCAGCCCUCCCGACCCCGCUUUCGUUGUCAUCCAGAGCAUCCGACGAUAACUUAUCUGUGGAAGACAGGGCAGACAGAAGUUCACGUCUGAGAGAUGAUCGCGCAGAAGACUCUCCUACUCUCGGCCCCGGAUUAAAUACUGGUCUCAGCGGAAUGGUAAGACAGCAUCUCCGCGGUAAUAGCAAUGCCUCCUCUAUUUAUGACAUGUCUGCCCAGACGCCCGAUGUCGAUUCACGUCAGAAGUCUGUCAUGCCAGAUUACAAGCAACAGGACAACCAUGGAUCCAAUACUAGCUGGGGAUUCGAUGAGAAUCAACUUUCAACGGACAGUGGCGCAUGGACGCCGACCACACAUCAGAACGAGUCUGCAACGCGUGGAGAACAAGAUGAGUUCGCCAGGCAUCUAGCAGACGGCGCUCGACGGGUUCGCGAGAAGCUGACCUCGUAUGCCGAGCCUGACAAUGAACUUCUGCCACCGCCCGCGCCUCCUCUCGAGUCAGCCAAAGAUCUCGCCGCUGCCAAAAACAACGCACUUGGCAUUCUUCGCACCAAGUCCAGUCGCACAUCCCUGUUUGACCGCGGCCGUGAUCGAGACAGUGAUUCAAAAUCAAAGAGUGGGAAAUCUCCUGCACCGUCGACCCGAACGACAUCUGGUGAAAUUGCUCCGCAGGAACCUGCCUUGCCAGUGCGCAAGGAGGAGAGCGUGCAUGCUGGUCUGAAGGCUUUCCGCCAAGCCAGAAGAGAGCUUCAAAAGAUGAAGGAAAUCGAGGUACAACAGCGUCAUGGCACAUCGCCGCAAAAGUUCAGCCCGCGAUCUGACCGCCCGGCUGCCCAGCGCACAUUCUCGCAUGACCAGACCGCGGCUCCUCCCCACUACCAGCAAGCUGGUCUCUCAGGCAAAGGUCAAGCACAGGCAGCCUUAGACAGAGAUCGCAGCGGAUCGGAAAGCAGCCGCGAGGGAAAUGAACGCCAAAAUAGAAUGGUUUCUCGUGGUGUCUCCUCCUCCAGUGAUACCCGCACGACGAUGUCGUCGCACACAAGCAACCAUUCCCCGACAAUGAACAGGAAGCGCGAUAUUUCUGAACCUACAUACCUUCCCAAUAAUCGAUUCCAUCCCUCGAGCCUACCCGGAGCCACAGUCUCUACCCCAAAUCUGCAUGCGCCUCUUGAUGCACCCCCACUGCCUCCGAUUAAUCCCCGACGAAAGAAUGGUUUGGUUGGUCAGUCUUACCGCAGCGGCGAGCCGAUAUCUGGCAACGCCGACGUUUCGUACGAUGAGAGCGCGGAUGAACAACGACGACAGCUUUAUAGAGCGACGAGCGACCAAAAUGGCGAGCGUACUCGACGCUACCCCCCCGCACCUACUCAUCGACCUCCUCUGCCCCAUGCCAACAUGUCGAGUAACAGCCUUCCAGGAGGCAUGAUCUGA